CAAACCACCAAGAACCACGACAAACAGCAAAGAUGACACAAGAUAACUCAUUCUCAACUGCUUCAUCAUCCUCAUCCCAAUCAGCAACAUCAACAACAUCAACAACAUCAACAUCAUCAUCAACCGAUUCAUCAUCAAACUCAUCAAGCUCAUCAACCCAGCAGAACCAACUCAUCCACAAGAUCAUCUACUCUGCCGGUCUGGACCAUCAAUCUAACCCACUACUUGUCAUCUCAGCCUCGAGCUUCCCAGCCAAACUGCCUGCACAUCUCGACUUUGACUCACUCACUCAACAAGCACUCAACAAAUUCUCGCCCAUCAUUUCAAACGGACCUUACUCACUCAUCAUAUUCGCCUCACCCGCCGAACAUGCACCAACAGUCAAGCAGAUCCUACUCUCCUACAGAUUACUCAGUCGGCCCAUCAGAAAGAAUCUCAGUACACUCUGGGUCGUGCAUCCCACCUUUUGGGCUAAGACGACUGUACAGGUCCUCCUCAAGACUAUCGUCAGCUGGAAGAUGUCUCGAAAAAUCAAAUGGAUCAAGGAUCUUUCGACACUUGCAAGUCUAGUACCCAUCCAUCAAGUUUGCAUCCCUCCAGAGGUCUACAAGUAUGAUCUGAUCAUCGAACCAUCCAUCGUCGUUCCACCCUCCUCUCGCAAACCUCCAGUGUUUAAAGUUUCCUUAGAGGAAAUGAUGGGAUCAGAUGGCCAGGAUGGGAUUCCUCAAGUCAUUCAAGAUUGCGCGAACUGUAUCAGAUCAUCGGCAAUGAAAUGCGAGGGACUCUUCCGUAGACCACCUUCUCUCACCACCACUCAAAUCAUCAGGGAUGCCUACGACCGACGACAACCAGUUAAGAUGGAAGAUUACUCAGACGGGCCCUUUCUAGCAGCCUCGUUAAUUAAGCUGUUUCUUCGAGAGCUACCAGAACCAAUCUUUUCGGCCGACUUCUAUCCUCUUUUCAGAGCCUGCCCCUCGAUCUUUGCCCAACCUAUCAUCAUCUCUCAUCAAGAUCAAUCAUCCCUCAAUACCCACAACCAAGCCGUACUCGAGUAUCUCCAGGAACAGGUCCUCAAGAGUUUGAAACCAAAAUCGGCCUACAUCUUGUUUGAUUACGUCCUCAAACUCUGCCACGACUUGGCUCUUCAAUCAGAACAUAACAAGAUGGAUUCUCAUAACCUGGCCACCUGUUUGGCUCCCACCAUGAUCAGAUCAUCCGACUUGAUCUCCGACGCCAUGAUGUGCAAGUUACCGAGCCCGUCAUCAAUGAGGGAUUCCCCCGACCUGGGCAACCAAGACACCAACGAACCUACCAGUUUCACUUCUAUUUUGAAAUUCAUGAUUUCUUGUUACCCGCUACUGUUCGACGAGCCACAGGAGCCUGCCAGCCCGGUUUGUUCGAGUAUAAGUAGUUCGCCGAUGUUCAAAGGUGGUCACUUGACUAUGGACCCCUUGCAAUCCUCCUUUGGACAACCGCCUUUGGAAAUCCUACCAGCGGCCGAUGAUCCGAGCAGUCUGUUACAGAAACUGUUCACCGUCCGACGGACGGUGGACACCUACCUUCCUCUGCGAUGCACGAUCUCCCACGUCGGGCUCUCCCAUGCCUUCUCAUUCGCCGACAGACCUCGCAGUCGUCUCCUCCAGGCCCCCAGCUCGGUCGGCUGUACGGAAUCGAGUCGCGACCAGAAACCCAAGUUCGCCACCCUCCAGGCUGCCAAGACCAAGAAUUCCCUUGGUUAUCCCUUGCUCUCCAACGCCUUCCUCGCCCUUCCCCCUCCUCUCUCGCCCUCCUGCUCCUCUGAGUCUUCCAACUUCUUCUCCUCCACUUCUGUGACUACUACCACCACCGCUGCCAGUCAUCUUCAAUCAGUCCCCACCUUGACUCAUCCUCCUUCAUCAGAUCAUCAUCACCGUCAGUUCACUCACUCGUCUGAUUUGAACGAACUCGAUUAACUCUUUUUUUGUCUGUGUUUUUUUUUUGCUGUGUCCUUCUCUCUCAUCUCUUUAUAUUUUUUGGUUUGAUCUACCCAUAUUCUUCGGCUUUUUUUGAAUUCCUUCUCUUUCAGACACUCUCAUUCAUACCGGUUGACUCAAAUUCAUUUCGUCCUAUUUCCUAUUCGGACAUUUUCUUUCACACACAACAUACGGAUGAUAUACUCCUUUGACUUUUUUUUUUCUUCGGACACUCUCUUUCAAUCAUUCUGAUCUUCUUUCAUUCUCUUUCUUUCGAGCGGGACAGACUUUUUCUAUUAUAUGCGUGUCGUAAGAUCUGAAAACGGACAGACAGACAUUCAACACCUGAUAAUCUUCUUCUUUUUUCUCUUCUCCAUCCUUGCAUUCUAUCAUUGUACCACCACAACCAGCCUGGAUAACUGACUGUACCAUGAUACUCAUACUUUAAUAGGCUCAUACAUAUGUACAUAUUUCUUUUUGUUGUUGUCAUUACAUAUCACUCUUGGAUCGCUCUUCUUUUUGAUUUUUUUUGAGGUAUCUUCAAUCGGG